AUGGCCUGUUCCAGUAAAGAUGGGAAAAUGAUAAGGGAGGAAGAACAGAUAGUGGGAAGAUGGGCAGAAUAUUUCAAAGAUACACUAAGCACCAGCCUAGAAGAUGAAGAGACAGCUGCACAGGAGGGAAGAGUGGAGCUGGAAGUAGACAAUGAAACCAAUGAGGAACAGAGUAAUGGGAAUUCAUGUAAUGAUGUGAAAGCUACUGGUAUUGAUACUUCGGAGGAAGGAAUUUGUGCGCUUCUAAUGACGAAUGAACGCGAAAUGAAACUUAUUGAUGAAUGUGUGGAUCUAAAACUGGCAGAGGAUAAAGUUGUGUACGAUUCACAUAAAGUUAAUUUGUUGAUGGAGGAAAGUAAGGUUCCUGAUGUGAAUUUAUGUAGUGAUUUAAAUGGUGUAUCAGCAGAUAAGGUUGCUGAGAUGAAUAUUUAUGGUGAUGACAGCUUUGGCAUCAAUGUAUUAUGUCAGGAAGAUAAAGUGUUUAACAGUGAAUUGAUGUGUAAUUUUGUUGAAGCUGCAAGUGUCGAUAUUUUGGAGGGGAAAAACAGUGAAAAUCAGAUUGUUCAUGCUGUAGUUACUGAGGCUUGGAGUGAGGAAGUCGAUAUGCAUAACAGAAUUAAGGAAGUUAUUGAUGCAGUCAAGGGUAUAUCAGAAGGGGAAAAGAAAGUGUUGUGUGGGUUGUUGUACGGCUACGAGGAUGUAUUCUCGGAUCGACCUGAUAAUGUUACCGAUCUCGAGUACUCUAUAAAAAUGAAACCUCACGAACCAAUAAAGUGCAAACUGUAUAUAAUACCUAUAGAUGAUUGGGAUGCUAAUUCAUCUCCUGAAUCAGCAUCAUUAUACAGUUCAGUGUGUGCUGUGUGGGAGAUUAGGUUUGCUCAUCCUACCUCUAGAACAUUUUAUGCAUCUUUCAAAGGUUUGUCUUUAGCUAUUAAGCAACAUCCUGAGAAACUAAGUGAAGCUGGAUUCUUUUAUGCCAUUAAUGGAGAUGAAACCGCGUGUUUGCAUUGUGGUGGAGGGUUGAAAUAUUGGGAUGAUACAGAUAAACUAUGGGUUGAAUAUGUUGUGUGGCUUACCAAGUGCUUGUUUGUGCUUCUUGCAAGGGGUAGGGAUUUUGUGGAUAAUAUCUGUCAGAGGAGAGAUGCAGAAGUUACUGCAAAGGUUGCAGAUAAUGUUAAACCUCCAUCAAAUUUUCAGAAAACAGCAACAGAACACCUUGUGACCAUGAGAGCUUCUGAUAACGCUCACAUGUGUGAAACCUGCUUCCAGGAUAUAUUACUGCUUGCGUUACAUGUGGACCUAUCCUUUCGUGGUGUGCUGUGA